AAUAAGGAGAUGCGGACAGUUUCUACUGGCAUAAGCGGAGGCUAGCCCAAGCGCCUCGAAUAACUCGCCGCAGGCAGGCAGGAAAAGAUGACGCACCUCCCCGCUUCCACCGUCAGAGAUGGACAUGCCCGAGGAAGACAUGCUGACAGAGGUGGAGUCAGUGAAAGGGAAACUCGAGACCAGAUGAGAUUCAGUCGGUGCCAGCUUGAAGAUAGUAAGAAUGUGAACCCAGCAGAAUAAACAAAGUUCAGACUUUCAUAGUGGUAAAACUGGACAGAGCACUCGUAAGUCUGUGUCCCUGCACACUUCCUUUGAACAAAGCAGGGUUGUGAAAAACCUUUGCUUGAAGAUGGUGUCUGAAGAAAAUACCCAACUGUUAAACUGUCUUUCUCCCUCCUCCCCCCAGGUGCUUUGUAAAAUAACUUCUAAAGCAAACCUACAGAAAUAAAAAGUGUGUUUGUGUCUUCUAAAACUAACCCAGUCUUGCAGUCUUGAUAAGUUCUAAAUGAAGAAUCUAGUUGGGGGAUGAAGUAACCAAUUAAGAACAAGAUGCCUUUAAGCAUCUGCAGUUUUGUAUUAAUUUUCUUUUUACUAAAAAGAAUAAUCCUCACCUGUCUAAAUAGCAGAAGUGUGAGAAUUUAUAUUUUCAUUGUUAAAUUAGCUGGGAUCUUGGGGUUGGUACAUGUAGAAGAUACUUUUAGCUUGGUCUUCCAAAAAGUUUAUCCUUAAAAAACCCUACAGUAUGGUACUGAUUGAAAGAAAGCAAAUGGUGUGAUGAAGCCCACUGUGAUGGUGUCCAGCCUAAUAUAAAUGUAAAUGUGGGUGUAGUCUUUAAUGCAGCAGAAUAAAGCAGGUUGUAACUUCAGGCUGACCCUUUAAUAGAACAAUUGGUAUAUUAAUAUGUGUAUUAAAACAACAGCCUAAUAUGUAAUAAUUAAUAAGCAAAUUAAAAAAAAAAACAAGAUGGUAUUGUGUAUCCAAAAUGGUGAGUUACAGAGAGAUCUUGCAAGGCUGAAGGGCUUUUUGACACAUUUUUAUGUGACUGUUAUACUAAUUUAAAGUUCUAAAUGAACAUGGCCAUUAGUUAAUAAUGAGAACUUCUGUGCUAUCUACAAAAAUGUAAGGAAAAUCAGUUCUUCCAGUGUAUGCUAUAAAGCAAAGACCAAGUGACUCAGUUGAUUAUUGUUGUAACUAAUUAGAAUUGCCAUUUUUGGUUUGUACUUACCUUUCAUAUGCUCAAUGACUGUAUUUUUGCCUAAGUGUUUUAGAUGGCCCCUGCAGGUUCUGCUUGUAUAUUCAUGUAUGUUUAGUUUGAUGUGUUUAUCUUUUAAACGUAGAAUUUAGCAAUAAUGUUCUGAAUCUGCAGAGUGCACCCAUUCUUACUUCCUAUUGUGCUUGAAGCAUUCUACUAGGAAAUGUAUUUAGUGUGGCGAAAGAUUGCAGUGGUUUUUUGUGUGUCACCUCCUGUUGCAGUGUUGAAACUUCUUACUUAAAUGAAGCCUUCUGAAGCACCCUGCUGACAGCUCUGCUGUCUCUAUGUGUGCAUAUAUUGUGGGAGCAGGUUUGGUCUAGAUACAUCAAAAUGCAUGUGCAUCUUUGAAAUGCAACUAUUUGCAUUGAUCCUUUGCUGGGACUAAUGCUUAAGGACUUAAUGUAUAUAGACUUCUAAUUCUGCCUUAACCACUUGAUCUUCUUGGAAAUCAAGAUGGGGUGGAAAAUGGCAGUGCUGACUCACCUUCAUGACUGGUUUAGUAUUUAUCUCAGAAUGACCUUGCAAAACUGAAGCUUAUUAACAUUGUCAUACCUAGAAGUAAGAGGUAAUUCAUGAAAUGAUGAUGUGUAAAUUGUGUGAGAGUAUUUGGGGUUUUAAUGGUCAUUUACCUUCUUCCAUCUUCUUAACACCUGAACUGAAGCAGUAGACACGCAGUGAAUUGCUCACAUUCGGCAAGCAAUUUACAGGACUUUGGGCCACUACACUGCGAACAACAUUAAUCAAAUAUUUUGAUGGACCACAUGCUGCAACAUUAAUCUUUUGGAGGUCUUGUUUACUGUGUAAACAAGGUAAACGGAAUCAGAAUGCCUCUCAGUGAUGACCAGAAUAGUGACUCAGAUUCUUCACGGCUCUCAGAAAGCACAGCUUCUUCCAGUGACUCAGAAUAUUCCAGGCAGAGCUUUAACAGUGAUUCUUCAAGCAAACCCAGCUCCCCAGCAUUGCAUCUCCUGUGUGUGGAACACCAGCAGCAGCUGUAUCCAUGGGGGUCUCCCGGUGCAUUCCUUCCCUUCAGAAAAUAUAAGAAAAGUGUGUCACCAUGGUCUUCCUAGCCUUGACAUUGGUAGCAGCCUCCCACUCAACCAGAUACGCUUUUGUGCAAAGGCUAGCCCUCCCAAGGUUAUCACAUUUGAUGAACUGAUGGCAGCUACAAGAAAUCUGUCAAACUGGACUCUAGCUCAUGAAAUUGCUGUAAAUGCAAAUUUUUGCAUAAAACAUGACGACUACCCACAAAACAGCUUUGCAGGCACAGUGAAACAAAUUGUACACAAGGCAUUUUGGGAUCAUUUGGAAUCAGAACUGAAUGAAGAUCCUCCAGAAUACAAACAUGCUAUCAAGCUCUUUGAGGAAGUUAAGGAGAUUCUUCUUUCUUUCCUGACUCCUGGAGCAAACAGGAUUCACAAUCAAAUUUGUGAAGUUCUCGAUACGGAUCUUAUAAGACAGCAGGCAGAACACAAUGCUGUUGAUAUUCCUGGGCUAGCUAACUAUGUCAUCAACACUAUGGCAAAGUUAUGUGCUCCAAUAAGAGACAACGACAUAAAACAGUUAAAAGCAACUGACAAUAUUGUAGAGUUACUGAGACAAAUAUUCCAUGUUUUGGACCUGAUGAAAGUGGAUAUGGCAAAUUACACAAUUAAAAGCCUUAGGCCAUACCUCUGGCAUAACUUGGUGGACUAUGAAAGAACAAAAUUCCAAGAAAUUCUUGAAGAAACACCAAGUGCCCUGAAUCUCACAACAGAAUGGAUAAAAGAAUCAAUAGAAGAUGAAUUGUCAUCUUUUUCUGAUGAGUCUUCAUCAUGCCCCGGUGCUGAUAGUAGUUCAAAACCAAUUAUUAGUCCUACACUGGUGCUAAACAAUGGCUACUUGAAACUGUUACAGUGGGAUUAUUGCAAAACAAUUCCAGAGACUCUAAUAACAGAUGAAGUUCGUCUUCAGGAGUUGAGAGAAAAGCUCAAUCAAUUAAAAGUCAUAGCUUGUGUUUCUCUCAUAACAAACAACAUGGUGGGUGCAGCAAUUGUAGAUAUGCCUGAUUUCGCUGACCAGCUGAAAAGGAUCUCCCUUCCUCUUCUUGAAGGCAUGAAUAAGAAAAAUUUUGACUUGAAGGAGGCUCUGAAUGCUAUUGGUGUCCAGAUUUGCAGCAUAGUGAACAAGUCUCUAAGUGAAAGAAGUCUUCCCAUUCUUAGUGAAGAAAUGCAGAAUAAUUUAAUGGGUCAAAUCGCUCAUAUUGUUGAGAAGAAUAAUCCUGUCUGUUCCUUGAUUGACAAACGAAUCCAGCUCUUCAUGAGAAGCUUGCUUGCUCUUCCGAGUUUUCAGAAGUGUACGCCUACUAUGCCAGGAGGCCUUUCUGUGAUUCAGACAGAGAUAGAGUUUCUGGGAUCUCAGUAUGCAAGCAUUGUAAACUUCAAUAAAAAAGUGUAUGGACCAUUCUAUGCAAACAUACUUAGAAAACUGCUUUUUCCUGAGGCAGCAAUGGAGAAAACAGAAGCAGAAACAUCUAGCAAUUAAAAAAUGUACCCUUUUUUAAUCUUCCAAGACAGCGGGGAAGUCACAACUCUAAGAGCAGCCUACUCCAGUGACUGUUGAUGGGGGAAGGUCUUGUAAAAUGUAUACAGAUAGUUUCUGAAAUUCACUGUAAAGAAAUUAAUGUCAGAGUCAUAUAUAUAUUUUAAUAGAAAAAUAUUUGUUUAAUGGAUUGUCACUUGUAAUAGCCAGAGAAUUAUUAAUUUCCAUAGCAAACAUUUAUUAUGACUUGCAGUGGGAAAGAGUUGGAAAGAUACUUACUCUUUUGCCACCAUCAAAACAAUGUCAUUUUUCAACUCAAAUAUAUUUACAUAUAGCAAUGCAUAUAAGGAAAUGAGAAAACAACUGUAGAUAAAAUAUACUAUGCUUACAUUGUAUUUUUGUAGAGUAACACCUCAGACAACAAUUAUGUUUCUGAGAAUACUUUGAAGAAGAAAGUAUUGCAUAACUGCUUUAGUAACCAAACCAGGCCAAGUUCAGGUACUCCUGCAAUUACUGGACCCAGAACUUUGCCUCUGUUACAUUAAGGAAUGCCAGUGUUACAAGCUGUUUGCAGGAUAGCACUUACAGAAGCAGUGUUCGUGAUUUCAAGUAUGAAUCAUUCAGAACUUCUCAACUCUAAUUGAGAUUAAGGAUAAACAUCUGAGAAACAUGAUGUUGGGGGGGGAGUAAAUUUCUGUAUAUAAUUAAUUUGUUUAAAAGCAUUUUGUUUAUUCAUUGGAGGUCAUACAGAGCUUUAAUAUGUGUAUGUAUUGAUCUUUGAUUGUAAUUGGUGGGUAUUAAGUAUUUUUAAGUUAGGUCUUUCUAACCUUUAUUCCCUUAAAAGCACUUAACCCUGACCUCACAGUGUACCACAGAAGAACUGCCCCUUUCAUGCCCUUAUCCAACAGAAUAUAAUUUUUUCACAAGAUAUUCUUAGAUCUGAAAGCAAGAACCUGAGUAAUUAGCAAUUUUUGAAAAUAUUAUCAUAUUCACUUUUUUUACGGAGUGUGUGAGAAAUACUCCUGUUUUCCUCAAAUUUCUUUGAACUGGGCCCUAAUAUAUGGUUCCCAUUUAAGGCAUUGGGAAUCUUGCAUACAGAAAAUGAAUAGGAUUGAAAAAGAAAAAUGUGGAAGUGAACUACUUUAGGUUUACACAGGCUUUAUCUUGCAUAUUUCAGAUUACUGAGAUUAGAUAGUGCUGGAGCACAUAUUAUAGACAUGUUCUUGUCUAUGAAAUUGAAUAAUUUACUUGAAAAUGAUAUAUUAAAAUAUUACCAUAUAAUAUUCCUUCUAAGAUGUCAUAUAUAGAAAACCUUGGUGUGGUACAAGAUAGAGUUGCUUUUAGUAUUUUAUAUUACAGCCUAUUUUUUAUGAAGAGUCAAAAAUAACCUGUAAAAGCAUAAUGUGUCACACAAAUUGUUUGUGUACAUUACUGUGUCUAUCAUAAAGGUCUAAAAAACCUGGGCAUUAUUAGCACUGUGGUUUUGUAGUACAUUUCUACAGGAAUGUGUACCCUUUAUAGCAAAGGAAAUUACUUCUAUUCAGUUGUUCUAUGUUCAAGGACUUUGGUCACAUGUAAAUGUUAAGGAAAACUUUCUUCAAAAUGCCUUUUUAGAGAAAAUUUUCUAGUGCACUUCUAUCCCCUGUGAAAACAUUGCACAAAAUAAAGAUGAAUACGUGUUUUAAAGGGAACUGUUUCCUGGGAAACCUAGGAGAAAGGAACUCUUAGACCAUCAUAACUGUGCCACUAGGUAAGCCAGACUUGCUCAGAUGAAUAUGAAAUUUUGGUAGGCAAUUCAAAAUAAUGAAGAGAAGAAUGCAUUUCAAAAACAGCUAGAGGGAAUGAAUCUUAGUAAUUUGCUACAAUUUUAGAAAUACCUGCAUGAUUUUGAGCUUCAGCCAGAAAAGGAUUUUAUGAACAUUUGAAGGUGAUAAUGUGAUUAUGAACUUUUAAUUGUAAUAUUUUAUGUGAAAAAUGCGUAUUUUAUGAUUGGCUUUUCGCAGAUAUUAAAAUGAAUAUUAUAUGUGUUGUGUUAGAAAGUAAUGCUGUAUUAAUUCUCUUCAGUAGUGUGUUAAAUAUAGUUUUAGGUUAUAAAAAUUGUUAAAAUAGAAACUGUGCUGUGUAGGGUACUUUUUUUAAAGAAAGGACUUGCAGCGAGAUAGCAGCCACAGGACACCUAAAUCUUUUGGAGAAAAAGAAUUUAUUGCUCCAUUAUCAGAAGAAACGAACUUCUUCCCGCCUCGAAGGCGCUGUUAGGAUUAGGAGGAAGAAGUUGACGAUGACCAGGCCGAAUCCUGUGUUUGAAUGGAAUUUAUGCAUCAUGCAUGAAGUGUAUGAAUAUGCAACAGGCUGUUGUUUUUAAGGGUUAAUCCUUUGUUAACGGGUGUCCUUUUUCGGGCUUGUGCUGCCCAGAAAAAGGUACCCGGACAUCUGUAACUCUUUGCUUUUUAUUGUCUCAUAUUGUCUUAAUUCAAAUUGUCUAAAUUAUUAUUACUCUAAUUGUACUAUUAUUUUUAUAACUAUUUUAUUACUAUUAAAUCUUUAAAAUUUUAAAAAACAAGUGAUUGGUGUUUUUCACAUUUUAUGUCUGUUCUAUUGUGCAAAUAAUUAUCAAACUUCAGUUCUUUAAUGAGCUGGAAAAACUGUCAUACUAGUUUUUACCAGUAAUACUCAAAGCAUAGCAUUUAUUUUGGGGGGGGAUUGGUGAUUAAGGUGACUUGCAAAGGACAUUUUGUAGCAUGGCCUGUGUUUCAAGUGAUUGCUUAAUGUGUUUUAAUUUAAUGUUUCAAACAGGGACAUUGCAUCUGUUUAAUGUCAUGAGUUGCAUGCUGUUUAUGCUACUGUGGCUGAAAUGCACUUGACUCAGAAGUUGUCCUUGUGAAAAAAGAUGCCAUUCUGUAGCAGCUUUGUUAAAAACCAAGUAUUUGAGGGUUUGUAUGCAUUAAAUUUUGUUUGUGAUAUCAGCGAUGGUGAAAAAUCAUUUACACAAAUGUUAUUAAAUGCAACAGAUUGUUAAAUGCCAA